AUGCGUCGUAUGAUCAAGUCACACAUUCAUAAGAAAGAAGCGUCAAAAUCAGUUGUAUCGCUGCAGCAUCACCCGCUAGCUAGGGCACCUGACUUGGCUUGGAAAGAAAUAUUUUUAACAAACCACUCGAUAGCAAAUGCUAUAACACUAGAAACGCCAAUCGUCAAAGCGGAAAAUGAUAUACGCAUUGUGUGCAUAUCAGAUACACAUUCACUGCAAUCUAGACUACCAGAUAAAUUUAUCCCUGAUGGUGAUAUCUUAAUUCAUGCAGGCGAUUUUACUAUGUAUGGCAAUGUAGAUGAGGUUAUUCGCUUUAAUUCAUUCGUAGGCGAGUUACCACAUGCAUACAAGGUUGCCGUAGCCGGAAAUCACGAAAUUUGCCUAGAUGAGACUUUCGAUUACGGUAGACAUGCCUCUACUGCACAAUGGUGUAAAUCAUUAUUGACCAACUGUAUUUAUUUAGAAGACAGUUUUAUAGAAUUGUAUAACUAUAAAAUUUAUGGAUCCCCGUGGCAACCACGAUUUAGCGACAUGGGUUUCAAUUUAGAACGAGGUCAAGAAUGCUUCUCCAAAUGGAAAUUAAUCCCGACUGAUACAGACAUUCUAAUUACUCAUGGGCCACCAUUAGGUCAUGGAGAUUAUUGUAAAACGAGAGUCAGAGCUGGCUGUGUUGAUUUAUUAUAUAUUGUAGAAAAGGAAGUUAAACCUUUAUAUCAUAUCUUUGGCCAUAUUCAUGAAGGUUAUGGGGUUACCACCAAUGAUACAACGAAAUUUAUUAAUGCUUCUACAUGUACACAACACUAUAAGCCCACCAACAAACCAAUUGUCUUUGAUUUACCAAAACGAGUAGUGAAAGUUGAUUAA